AUGACUUGUUUACCAGAGAAAACUGUUUGGAAUUUCGGUGUGGUGCUCAUGAGGAUUGAGUGUGGGGAGAGAGAAUCAGAAGAGAAGAGGCUCCCUUUGGUGUUUAAAGAUUGGUCUUCACUUAGAGACCUUGGCAAGCAUGAAAGGCUGGGGAAAUUUGGUACUUAUUGUUGGGUUGCUUCUUGGGCUGAUUGGUUCACUUGGAGACUUGGGUUUGUUGCUUCUUAG